AUGGAAAUCAACGACACACGGCGCAGUUUUGAGGCUAAACUCAUAUACGCCAUUACUAUGCCUGUUUCUACUGCCAUCAUCUUGGCUAAUGUUCUCAUCAUUUUGGGCAUCGCCUGCAGUCGUCAGCUUCACAACACACCUAACUACUUCUUCCUCAGCCUAUUGGUGGCGGAUCUGGGAACGGGCGUGGCUCUACCUUUCAUCCCCUGGAUGGGCCUUAACCGCCCGCUCAGCUUCUCGUCAUGUUUACUGGUUCACAUCUUCCCGAACUUUCUGUUCCUGGCGUUUCUCUUCAACCUGGUUCUGGUGCACUAUGAACGCUAUCUUAGCAUCGUGAGCCCGCUGCGCCACGGUCGGCUAUGGCUCCAUCGGCGCUUUCCAUUGGCUUUGCUGGUCGUUUGGAUUGUACCCCUUGUCUUUGCGCUGCUGCCCGCCUUCGGUUGGAACAAUCAAGCAGGCCACACGUGGACUGGCUGCUGUCUGGUGCCCAAUGGAACAGCUCUGUUCAACUGCUCAACACCCUUCCAGAAGCGGUGCUGCACAUAUCGGAACGUUUUCCCAAACGCAUUCAUUUAUCUCGAGGUAUAUGGACUGCUGGCGCCCGCCAUCCUCUCUAUCGCUGCUAUGACGGGUCGAGUACUGUGGAUUACGCACGGUCAACUCAGAGAUAUCCAGAGGCUCCAGCGUUCUGUGGCACACGAGCGUAGGCGGAGACUGGACCUACGCUAUGCUCGCUGCGUGGCUUUCGUUUCUCUCACCUUCCUGGCCUGCUGGGUGCCGUACAUCAUCUACACCCAUGUUGGCAUGUCUUUCUUACUGAGUCAAGGUGUUCAGGGGAACCCGACGGCGCACAUCGUAUUGUCCUGUGUCGGAGUCGGGGGUAUGGCCACGGUACCUCUAGUUCUUGGUCUGGCCAAUCGCGAGUACACCGACCCAGCAAGGAAACUGCUCAGCAAACUGCGGCACCGCUGGAGGAGGACGGACGACACGGACAUUGCACUCCGGGUGUUCCAUGGCUAG